GCAAGCCAGGCCUUCUUUCUUUCUCUCUCUAAACCUCUCUCUCUCUCUCUCUCUCUCUAGAAUCCUAGGGUUUGUCCCCGUACUUGGAAUAAUCAACAGGCAUAUACAACCAAGGCUUAGCCUUUGUUUUUAUUCUAUAUACAUAUAUUAUAUAUAAUAUAUAUAUACACACACAUAUAUAGGUAUAUUUCUUCCAAAUUCAAUAGCUCCAUUUCCACGCCAUCUCGUUUUUCUUCUUUUUCUUUUCUCUCUCUCUGUAUCUCUGUCUCUCUAAUUUUCUGUUCCUCUUACAAGUUACUACGCUCAAAUCGACUUGAUUGGAGUCGAUGCAUCCGAGAACAGCGUUGUUGUUUGGCUGAGGAGAGUUUUGUUGAUCGAUCGGAGUCCAGAGAAUGGGUCGGAGUUUGUUUGGAAUUAUAUUAGGAAACGAGUUGGGAGUGACUCGGAGUUUGGUUUUUAUGUCCUUCGGUUUUUGAGUCUUUGAUUCCGAGACGUUUUGUUUGGAUGACUUUGCUUUUGACUUCUUAGUCAUAUGAGCGAGUUGGAAUUCGAGUCGAUUUUUAGCUCGGGUUUGAGACAGACUCUGAAUGGCAAUCAAAUUGAAUUUUUAAGUUUGGUGGAGUACAGGUUUGAGAAGCUGGGGACAGAUUUUCUCUCUCUCUCUCUCUCUCUCUCUCUCUGUGUUUGAUUGCUGAGAAAACAGAGUAAAGGAAAAAGGGGUAAAGGAGAUUUUGGUAUCGGUGGCUGGCGUUAAAGGAGAUUUUGGUAUCGGUGGCUGGCGUUAAACUAAGGAUCACUUUUGCGCUCGCUGUUUAGGAAGGAGAAAUGAGUGCACAAAUUUUGGAAAUUCAACCCAAAGAACUGAAAUUUAUAAGUGAGUUGAAGAAGCAAAGCUCCUGCUCUAUUCGUCUCACCAAUAACACUGACAGUCAUGUUGCUUUUAAGGUCAAAACCACAUCUCCUAAGAAAUACUGUGUACGACCUAAUGUUGGUGUUAUACUGCCAAAAUCUAUCUGUGAUUUUACAGUUACAAUGCAAGCUCCACGUACAGCUCCAAUUGAUUUUGAGUGCAAAGAUAAGUUCUUAAUCCAGAGCACAAUUGUGUCUGCUAGUACAAGUGAUGAGGACAUUACAGGUAGCAUGUUUGUUAAAAGUGGUGACAAGUACGUCGAAGAGAAGAAGCUGCGAGUGAUUCUUAUGAGCCCACCUCAGUCACCAAUGCUGUAUCCUAUUACUGGAUCCUUGAAGAAGGGGCUGGGCCAUGAAGCUUCAGUUCUUAAAGAUCAAACUUUGAAUGGAGCUGAAAUCUUCUCAAGACAGCAUACGAUUAUCAAGGAUGUGGGGGAAUCCAAAAUGGUAAGUAUUGAGGAGACACAACCAAAGGAGGAUUUAGAUUUGAAGCCAGCAAGGGAUUCAGAGUUGAAACAAAUGAAGGAUGUGGAACUGAAGCCAGUGGAGGAUGUUGAGUUGAACCCAGUUGAGGCUGUUGAGAGUGAGACAAAGCCAGUGAAGGAUAUUGAGAUGGGGCCAGCAAGGGAUGCUGAGUUGAAGCCAGCAGAGUAUGUUGUGCUGAAACCGGCAGAGGAUAUUGAGUUGAAGCCAAAAGAGGAUGUUGAGUUGAAGCCAGCAAAGGAUGUUGAAUCGUUAAAGUUAGUGAAAGAUAUUGAGGAGAUGAAGUCAAAACUAAGUGAAGUGGAAUUAAAGCUAAGUAAGGCUGAAGUUAUUAUUUCAAAGCUGACUGUUGAGAGGACUUCAAGCAUCGAAGAGAGAAAGAUCUUACAGGAGACAUUAAUAGAAUUGAGUAAACGAGGUGUGAAGAGAGUUCAAGUUGGGUUCCCUCUACUGUAUGUUUGUAUGGUAGCACUUAUUAGUGUUGCUCUUGGAUACCGUUUACACCCCUGAACCGAAGAUCUUGGUGCAUAAAAGUGAUAUGCUAUGUCUUUUAGUUAGAAAUAUAGGCAUAAAAAUCCCUCCUCUCGUUGUAAAUGUGGAAAGGAGGAAAAGAAAGGGAUGGUCAGCAUGUUUACACUGGCCAGAGUAUACUUCAGGAGUGCUAGUUGCUGCAUGUAUAUGCCAAUUCGUUUUCUUUUUUGUUUUUUACCUUACGAAAGAAAAAGGAGAAGAAGAGCUUUCUAUAAAAUACUUUUACGCUGGUUGAUAGACAAGAAUCUAGUUUGUUUUGAUGGUAGCCUGGGGCGCCAGAUUCGAUACCUACUCGUGAGUUGGGACCGAACUGAAAAUAUGUAAAUUGGAUAUCCGUUUGUCUC